AUCACAGAUUUGGCUAUAAAUUGAUUGAAGUUUUCAUUUCAUUUCACAAACAUUUUGAUUGUCUUUCAUUUUCGGUCGCAAAACAAGCAAAAAGUGUUGAAAUUAUCCGCAGAUAUGUCUCUGAAAUCAGUGGUGAUUACGGGCGCCAAUCGUGGCAUUGGUCUGGAGUUUGUGCGCCAACUGUUGGCCGCAAAGCCGGCGCCGCAACACCUGAUCGCGACCUCACGUCAGGACACGAACGAAGAGUUGGACAAACUUCGGGCCAAACACUCGUCACUACAUGUCCUCAAACUGGAGAUCAAGAACUUUGACAGUUAUCCACAGUUUGUCCAACAAGUGGAACAGAUUGUGGGCGCCGAUGGUGUGGACACUCUCAUCAACAACGCCGGCAUUCUUAUCAACAAAGACCUCGAGAGUGUGACCGCGGAUCAGAUGAUCGAGAACUUCGAGGUGAACACCGUUUCCCCUCUGAUGCUCACCAAAGCUUUCUUACCAUUGCUUAAGGUCUCUUCGGCUACACGUAAGACAGCGGUCGUGAAUAUCACUUCAAUGAUCGGUUCCAUUGAAGACAACACUUCCGGCGGUUUAUAUCCGUAUCGGACGAGUAAAACGGCGCUGAAUAUGGUGUCCAAGUGUUUGGCCGUUGAUCUGAAGCCAUCGGCCAUUAAAGUGAUUGCUGUCCAUCCGGGUUGGGUUCAGACAGAUAUGGGCGGACCUAACGCUAAGAUCACAACUGAGACCAGUGUUUCCAAUAUGAUUAACACCAUUAAGAGUGUCAACGACUCAACUUUGGGAGACUUUGUGCCGUCCAGUGUUGGCCAUAAGUCCGCUGUCAUCAACAUUACGUCGACUCUCGGUUUGAUGAGCCAAUCGGGCGGCGGGUUAUAUCCGUACCGGACAUCUAAGGCCGCGCUUAAUAUGGUAUCCAAAUGUUUGUCCGUUGAUCUAAAAGCCGUGAAAAUACUCGUCGUGUCUCUACACCCGGGUUGGGUUCGCACGCGUAUGGGUGGCCCUAAAGCAGACAUCGAUGUUCUGACCAGUGUUUCCAAUAUGUUGUCCACUAUUCGUGGGAUCAAUGAAUCGGUUUCCGGCAAAGCAAUCAGUUAUGAUGGAAAUGUACUCUCAUUUUAG